AAAUAUUUAUCAAUAAUCAUAAAUUUAGAAUAUCUUAAAAAACUUUAUGAUGAAUAACAUGACAAACAUUUUAGGCAUUGAGUCAAACAUAUUCACAUAUAUGCAAGUUUUCGUAAUAUUGACUAAUCACCGCAUUUUUUAUGUCUAUAGAAAAAUUCGACAAGUAACAGUAGUUGUUGACACUUCCUGGAUUCUCAUUCGUUUCUUAGUCAAAAUAUUUUUAUGAUUAGGUCAUAGGUUUUUAGUUUUGGGUAUAGGUGUUAAAAAUUUUAAUCAUUUAAUGUUCAAACAAUUUUAUAUAUAUUUUUUACUGUUUGUAUAAUAUACAUAAAGUUUUGAAACUUAGUGAGAAUAGAAAGAUGGCAUCUUUAAAACCAAGAAAUUCUAGUGGGAAAUUGUUAUUGGAAAAAUUAAAUAAAGAUUUGUUUCUUGGUAAUAUUAUUGAGGCAAGAAAAGUGGAAGGAAAAAACGUGGAGAAUUUUGAAUUCAAUAAAAAUCGAUGCAAAGUUUUAUCAGGAAAUGAAAAUAUUAAGGAGAAAUCAAAUGGAAUAUUAUAUUGGAUGUAUAGAGAUUGCCGAGUACAGGAUAACUGGGCGAUGAUUUUUGCACAAAGAAUAGCUAUUAAGAAAAAAAUACCAUUAUUUGUUUGUUACACUAUCAAAGAUGUUCAUCAUCAGUAUCCUACACAGAGACACUUUAAAUUUCUCAUUGAAGGUUUAAAACUUGUUCAAAAAGAAUGUAAAGAAUUGAAUAUUGGAUUUCAUAUUGUGAACAGCUCUCCUAAAGAUAUAGCGAGCUUGGUCUCAAAUAAUAAUAUAGGUGGGAUUGUAUGUGACUUCAGUCCUUUAAAACAUCCUAGAAAUUUACAAGCAGCACUUUUGGAUCAUAUCCCUGAUGAUGUACCUGUAGUUCAAGUAGAUGCACAUAAUAUUGUGCCUGUUCGGAUAGCUUCUGAAAAACAAGAAGGUAUGGCCAAAUUUCUGAGAAGCAAAAUAAAUAAACACCUCGAUGAAUACCUCACUGGUUUUCCUAAUGUAUCUAGUCACCAAUUUAAAGGAAAAUUGGAUCUUAAAGAUGACAUAGAAAAUAUCAAUGAUUGUUAUAAUUAUUACAAACCAAAAUAUGAUGUACCUGAAGUAAAAUGGGGAGAAGGACCUGGUGAAAUAGCAGGACUUUCCAUGUUGUAUAAUUUCAUGCUUAAAAAUCUAAAAGAAUAUGGAAGUACCAGUAAUGAUCCCUCUAAAGACAAUACAUCAAAAUUAUCUCCCUAUUUAAAUUAUGGUCAAAUUAGUGCUCAAAGAUGUGCCUUAGAAGUCAAAAGCCUCAGCUCAUUGUACAAGGAGCAAUGUGACAAAUAUUUAGAAGAACUUAUUGUAAGACGAGAAUUAACAGAUAAUUAUUGUUAUUAUAAUAGUAAUUAUGAUAAUCUAGAGGGAGCUGCUGGAUGGGCUAAAGAUUCUCUUAAACUUCAUAGUAAGGAUAAAAGGACGUGGACCUAUACGAGGGAGCAGCUAGAAAAUGCUAAAACUCAUGAUGAAAUGUGGAAUGCAGCUCAGUUACAGGCUUAUCAUGAAGGUAAAAUUCAUGGAUACAUGCGAAUGUAUUGGUGUAAAAAAAUACUAGAAUGGACGCAAUCUCCCGAACAGGCUAUUGAAUAUGGGCUUUGGUUAAAUGAUACAUUCUGCUUAGAUGGAACAGAUCCAAAUGGCUAUGUAGGCAUUAUGUGGUCGAUUUGUGGAGUUCAUGAUCAAGGUUGGAAGGAAAGAGAAAUAUUUGGCAAAAUUCGUUAUAUGGUCGAUUAUAGUCUAAGAAAAAAGUUCAACAUGGAUGCUUAUUGUGCGAGAUUUGGGAGAAAAGCCAUGGAACAAGUUAAAAAGAAGAAAGUAACUGAAACUUCUAAUAAAGACAAAGAUAAAAUAAAGAAACAGGGCAUUAAGAGAAAAGCUUCAUAAAUAACCUAAAAUAAAAAGCAUGCUUGCAAAAGGUAUUUCGAAUGCUGCAAGCGCCCGAAACAAAUGUUUUCUACUUAUUGAGUCAUACUCCUGCUUGAAAUCCACAAAGAAGAACAACAGGUUUAAUCCUUGGUCAUAGCUAUUGUUCUGGAAUGCCUUCAGUAUGAAAAUUUGAUCACUAGUUGACUUCCUCUUUUUAAAGCCCUUCUGAUACUCGACCACUUGUUUGGCCCCUACAUUACUGUAGGCCUGCUGAUAAAUCCACCACCGACUUUACAAAUGCCAAGUUCCAAAGUAAAGGACGCCUAUUUAGUUUCGUUAUAAUAUAAUCAUGUUAUAUUAAUGGUAGUCUAAGAAAAAAAUGAGAUCUAUAAUACAAAAAGUAUUUCAUGUUUUUUAUGAUUCCACUUAACCUUUCUAAAAGCAAUUCAUUUAGAAAAAAUAUUCAGUUGAAGGUCAAAAUACAAUUAGAAAUGUAAAUACACAGAUUUGUAUUAUGAAAGAGUUGAGAAUAUUAAUUCGUUAUAUGAACCAUUGUAAUUUACCUUUGUAAUACAAAUUUUGCACAUUUUG